AUGUCGAUUCAGAGAUGUCCUCUGUCUAGACUCGAAAGUCUUCCACAAGAACUUCAGACUGAGAUCAUCUCUCGAGUCGCUAAAAGCUCCGGGAGAGAUGUCCGCAACCUCAUGGAAGCGAGUCCAAGAAUGGCAAAAGCGGCAGCUCAACCACCGGUCUACAAAAACAUCAACCUCCGCCCACUCACCGUGCAUCCCCGCGCUUCCUUGACAAAGUACAAGGAUCUCAUGGACGUUACACUCGCCGCCGGCAACAUUGAAGCUCACUAUGUCCGUGGAAUCCAGGAGUACUUCCACAAAAACAAUGCAACAGUGGGUCUCGCCCAUCUCAAAAUCGCAGCUCAAGGUUCGUAUGACAACGGGAUCUACCUUUACGGAAUGAUUAUGUUAUGCAGGGGACAAGAAGAAGAAGGAAAAGCUAUGGUGGAGAAGCUGGGUUGGAGACAAAACCCGAUCCGUGUGGACGAAAGCUAG